ACAAGCCCCGCAUCACCGUCGGCCCCUACAACCCGCUGGCCGUCUCCGUGGACGGCAACGCCGAGAUGAGCUGCCUCGUGCAGGCCAACCCCCCCGCUCGCUCCAUCCGCUGGACCAAGGGCGGCUCCAUCGUGGCCACCACGCCCAACCACACCAUUCUCCGCGUCAAGCCGGAAGACUCGGGCGCCUAUGACUGCUCGGCGGAGAACGCCGUCGGUCGCAGCUCCGCCGCCCUGGAGCUCUCCGUCCUGCACGGCCCCAUCGUCACCAUCGAUCGCGUGCCCACCGCCACGCUGGCCAAGGGGCAGGAGGCGAAGGCGGGGGACCACGUUCAGCUGCGCUGCACCGUCACCUCGAACCCGCCCGCCCACCGCAUCGUCUGGUCAAAGGUGGGCGACCCCAGCUUCAAGACCGCCCUCGGCCCUCUGCUCAACUUUGCCGCCAUCACAGCUGACGACAUUGGCGCCUACGUCUGCUCGGCCACCGCCACACUGACGCCCUCAGGAGCGGCGGCCUCGGCCGGCGUAGAUCGCACCGGAAACGCCACCACCGUUCUGCAGAUUCAGCACAAACCGGGAAAGACGUCGAUCACCCCUGCCGAACCGGAAGUGGUCGCUGGGCGGCACUUUACGCUCACCUGCGGAGCGAAUCCGCCCGGCUACCCGACACCCGAGUACGAGUGGUGGCGCGAGGGGGCGGAUCUGCAGAAGCUCGGCAGGCGGGCCAACUACACCUUCACGGCGCUGCACGUCACCGACGAGGGGCGGUACUUCUGCCAGCCGGCCAAUAGCCAUGGCCGGGGCUCCAUUGCCUCCGCCUACAUGCGCGUCAAUGAGCCGGCCUCGGUGACGCUGCCGAUGAAGCCGACGCACGAGGCGAAGGAGGGCGACUCCAACUUUAAGCUGACGUGCAUUGGGAGGGGAAAACCGCGCCCUACAGUGGUCUGGACGCACAACGACGUGGAGAUCAACCCGGAGAGUGGGGAGUAUCGGGUGGAGAAUCGGGAGCAGAAUGAGGACGCCGACGUGAAGGUGGUGACGACGACGCUGUACUUUGAGGCGAUGGCCCGGAAGGGCGCCAACUCGCUGAGCGCCGCCGACCGCGGCACCUACGCCUGUCACUUUGACAAUGGCAUUGAGCGGGAGGCAAAGUCGAGCACGGUGCUCCGGGUGGAGCACACCCCGGUCGUCCGCCACACCUACAAUCGGGUGGCCUUUGACGUGGGCGAGGUGGCCAUUCUUCAGUGCAAGGUCUCUGCCUACCCGACGCCCCGCUUCGAGUGGACUUUUGGCGGAAAGGGCGGAAGCAACUCGAACAGCGGAACGCCACUUGAUGCAGAGCACAGCGAAGGCCGCUACGGAACAAACUCCACCGAGUUGCCGGACGACCUGCACCUGGGCACGCUGUCGAUUAGGAGUACCCGGGAGUCCGAUUACGGCGACUACACCUGCCGAGCGACCAACUCGGCGGGCGACGAUGACGAGCGGACGAUCAUCAAGCUGGUGAAGAAGAGCCCCCCGGAGACGCCCUCUUCGCUGGAGGUGCUCGAGGUGCUCGCCGACUCGGUCAGUCUACGGUGGGCGGAGGGCUUCAACGGCGGCUUCAACUCGAACACCGAGUUUGUCGUCAACUACCACGAUGCAGUCCAGUCGAGGAACGAGUCCUGCCGGACGAUGAACCCCUGCAAGGUGACGGGGCUUGAAUCGCGCCAUGAGUACCAGUUUCGAGUGUUGGCGGUCAACCCACGGGGCUUCAGCGCCUACUCUGAGCCGAUCAAGGUGACGACGAAGGUCAAUCUGAAGGACAUGCCCAGCGCCUUUGAUUCGAGCUACGAUCGAGAGCGAAAUGUGCUCAGCUUUCGCGUGGAGCCGAAUGAUGUCAGUCUGCGGCUGAUGGCGAAGAUUGAGGUGCGGGCGGAUGGACAUACGAGUCAGACGAGUCAAAAUCAAAGUCAGCAAACUCCUCCACAAACGACCUCCACUGCCAACUCGCCAUCAUCGCCGCCGCCGCCGCCGCCAAACACCGCCUGGACGUCGCUGACCAGCGUCGAGGUCCUCUCCGACCUGGAGAACGUCUACCUGAAGUCGACAGCGGAGGCGAUCACCGACAUUCGCGUCAUCCUCUGUCUGGCCAGCAAUGAGAGACUCAUGUCCGACCUGGAGGCAAAGACGUUGUCCCAUGCUGCUGCAGGGGGCGGCAUGUAUGGCUCCUCCUUCACCCCUCUCAGAGACGCGCUGAUUGCUCAGGGAAAUUAUUUAGGCCUGUCGCACCAUCAACAGCAGCAGCAGCACAUUCCGCAGAACUACUACCUGACGGGCGACGGGAGCGAGGCCAGCCCGAAUGGCUCCAACGAGACUGGCCAGACGGAGUUCUGGAAUACCAUGAAGAGCGGGCAGAUGUAUGGAUUGAGCGAAGCACAGCAGCAGCAGGCGAUGGCCAUGAGCAUGGCUGAGAUGGGUCAGCAGGAGUUGAUGGGCUACGGAGGAUAUAAUGGAGCAGGCCAAACAAUGGAGGCAACUCAGGGCUACAUGAACGCCUACAGUGCCUACAACAACUACGGAGGAGGUGGUGGUUAUCAGCCUCUGGAUGAGGAGACACUUAGCAGGAAAAAUCAGAUGAACAUGUACUACGACGAAAUGAACGGCAACUACCACGGUGGCGGGGCGAUGACCUAUGACCAUGCGAGCAUGCAACAACAACAGCAGCAGCAGCAAUCGGGGGAGGAUAUGGUCGAUGGAGGUGGUUAUCCUCGGGCUCGAGUCAUGAGUGAGAUUAUCGUCUAG